GAUCUACAUACAUCAAACCAGCAUCAUGUCGACCCACACAACAGCAGGUCUGCACAGCGAGACGCCCUCCAACUCCGAAACGGCUGUAGGAGGCGAGGCCGGAGCCAGCAUCGUCCCCAAAGCCUCGGAGACUGCACCGGAGACCGGAGACUCUCAACAAUCGAAGAGUAUGGGUAGUAGCCAGCCAGGAAGUGCCGAAGCUGCGGCGGAGAAGCUGUACGAAGAGAGGAUGGAGGACGAGUAUGCGAAGCGUGAGGGUGGGGCGUAAAUUGAAGGUCAAGGACGGCGCAGCACUGUGCAGCAUACUGCGAGCCUUCCGAUCAACGGACAUAGGGGGAUUUCUGGCGGAUCAAACCCGACUUCAGCACAGCAUUGGCAAUCUGCAUCGUUCAUUGUCAGCAUCGAUGUCCACUCCGCCCAUAGAAAACAGCAGCAACGAUAACAAGCUUCCAUCCACUC